AUGGUUUCCAGAACCGAAAUUGCGGGCUUGGAGGACGCAAAUGAGGCCAAAUCCUUGACGACGAUGAUGAAAUAUCAGACGGGAGCAGAGCGCCACGUGUUAAUGCAUGUCAAGAAAGUAGAUGUGAAUACGUACGAGACAUACCUGACGGGCUCCAAGCAUACCUCCCCUACAACCCUGUCGUCGGACCCGAGGGCUGUGCCGACUGUCAAGAAGCGACGUGGUCAAGAACUUGGAUUGUUGGAGGUCCAGAACGAUUCUGAUCCGCAAAGCCCUCCGUACAGGAACGACGCGAUCGCGGAGGCCGACACCGAGUUUGGAGAAACUCUGUCCUUUUACAGCAGCGCCAGCUCGAACGGUCUCAUAACCUCCAAUGGUGGCAAGAAUUGGUACCCCGAUGCUAUGAGGAUCGCAAAGAACUGUUUCGGAGACAUUGUGCAGGCGUGA